AUGGGGAACGCUGCUUUCGCUUCGCAUCAGUGGGCUGCCAAGCAUCAUCCUGACCCCGACUUCGAGCAGAUGCGCGUGCUCCAGGAUGCCUUGCGGCGUCUCCUCUCCAGCGAAGGUUACGUGCCUCCAGAGCCCGUAACAGAGGUCAGCUCACCCACUGCCAGAGGCGUUUGGUACCAAGCCUUCCAGUCCCAGCCACUUUUCAUCUGGUAUGACUACUUCUCGGUUCCGCAGCUCGAGAAGCGCGCAACCCAUGCUACAGAUGAUACGGAUGGCAGCAAUCAGGCCAAAGCCAUCCACAGCAUCCCCGCUUACGUGGCGAAUUGCAAGUUCUUUUUUGCCCUGUGCCCGACGAUUGACUGCAUCGACCAGAGCAGGGUGGUUCUCAACGCCGCGACGUGGGCCAGCAGGGGGUGGUGCAGGGUAGAGAGAGCAGCCCGCGAGCUGUCGGCGCAAGACAAAUGGAUCCUGGUGCGAAGCUCAUCUUCGCUGGCAGUGGUGGGGACAGCUUUCUCUUUCGUGUCUGGAUCUGUUGGUGAGGGCACCUUCACCGUCCCAGAGGACUGUUGGAAGCUGGCGCCUGUGAUGAAGGCCAUCGUGAGAAGCAAGUUGCUGCACUGCCUCCAGACCGGGGACUUACGAGCUUACCGCCGACAUCUGAACCUGCAAAGCGUUUACCUCCGCGGCCUACAGAUAGAGCCAGUCGCCGAUUUGAUCCCAGAUGGCAAGGCCCCGGCAUGGAGCCGCGAUCUCGUGGCAGGUUUUUUGUAUCAGAACUACUUCAGCGGCGUCAGCAGCACGGAUAGUGCGGGGUGGCGCCCGCUUCACUAUGCAGCCCUGUCGGGGAAUGUAAAAGUGGUCGAAGGCCUCCUCCAGCGACGCGCGGACCCUAACCGCCGGACCUGGCAACCUGAACCCAAGCUGGGCUUUCAGCCUUGGGUCUCCGCGCUAGACAUGGCAAUCUUCUACAAGCACAACGAGGUGGCGCAGCUACUGCUGGACUCGCGGGCGCAGCUCGGAGGAAUCUACCCGACGAUGCAGCUUGCCGCCAUAUCGGACAACGCGGAAGGAAUCCGGCUCCUCUGCGACCACGGCGGCAAGGCAACGGAAAGGAACAUCUUUGGCAUCACCGUCUUGGAUGCCGCAACGAGCUACGGGAGUAUGAUGGCCCUGGAGGAGUUGCUUGAAAGGGUGCAGCCAAGCUCCCAGGAACUUGGGAGGGUUCUCCUCACCGCCAUGUGCAUUUGCGGUGGCUCUGCUCAGCUGGUCGACCGCCUGGUCGGCCUCCGUGCAGACAUCAACUUCCAGUGUGAUCUCCGCCGUGACUGGAGCCUCCUUGCCUGCGGCAUCGGCGCCGCCGUGUAUCCGGUGCACAAAAGCGGCCUGCGAAGAACGGCUCUCUCCACAUUCGUCUACCACAUUAACGGGCUCUCGCCGCUGAUGGCGGCAGUGCAUACGGGGCAGCACGAGGGUGCAGCAGCCCUAAUCGCGGCCGGAGCCCGCUUGGACAUCCGCAACAGCCAGAGCUGGACAGCAGCUGACUUUGCCAGAGGCAUGUCGGUGCCGCGAUUUCUGCAGAAAGGCCUGGAGGGUGAUCCCUGGGAUUGCUUCAGGAUAGCCUCGAUGGCCCAUGGCUACGUCGAGACUUACAUGUGA